GCAGAGACCUCUUCAACCAAAUCUCUAUAUCAGAGUAUCUAUAUAUAAUUAAAUAUAUAUAUAUAUAUAUAUUCAUGGCCACCCCAAGACCAGUAAUUCUUGACAUUAUUAUUCCUGGCCUUCUUCUUCUCCCCCUCCUGGUGGUGGUAGGGCUUUUGGGGUCGGGGGCGGAGGCUCGGGCAUUCAUUGUCUUCGGAGACUCGCUCGUUGACAAUGGGAACAACAAUUACUUGGCCACCACUGCCCGAGCCGACUCGCCCCCCUACGGAGUCGACUACCCCACCCGCCGACCCACCGGCCGCUUCUCCAACGGCCUCAACCUUCCCGACAUCAUUUGCGAGCGGUUGGGGUUGGCGGUGGUGGAGCCAUACCUCAGUCCGGCGCUCACCGGAGAGAGGCUUCUAGACGGAGCCAACUUUGCCUCUGCCGGCGUUGGGAUCCUCAAUGACACUGGCUUUCAAUUUUUGAACAUAAUAAGGAUAGGGACGCAACUGCAGUACUUCCAGCAGUACCAGCAGCGAGUGAGUCAACUCGUCGGAGAAGAAGGGACUCGGCAGCUGGUGAACGAGGCUCUGGUGCUCAUAACCCUAGGCGGCAACGAUUUCGUGAACAAUUACUACCUGGUCCCCUUCUCCGCCAGAUCCCGCCAGUUCUCUCUUCCCGAUUACGUCCGGUACCUCAUCUCCGAGUACCGCAAAGUUCUCCAGAGGAUAUAUGAUUUGGGAGGAAGAAGGGUUCUGGUGACGGGAACCGGGCCGAUAGGGUGCGCGCCGUCGGAGCUGGCGCAGAGGAGCCCGACGGGGGCAUGCGCGGUGGAGUUGCAGAGGGCGGCGGCGUUGUUCAACCCGCAGUUGCGCCAGAUGAUUGCGGACCUCAACGCCCAGCUGGGCUCGAAUGUCUUCAUUGCCGCCAACACUUACCAAAUGAACAUUGACUUCAUCACCAACCCUGCUGCAUAUGGAUUUGUGACAUCACAAAUAGCAUGCUGUGGGCAAGGCCCGUUCAACGGAAUUGGGCUGUGCACGCCAGUGUCCAACUUGUGUCCAGACCGAAGUGUGUUUGCAUUUUGGGAUGGGUUUCACCCGACGGAAAAGGCCAACAGGAUUAUCGUGGACCAGAUCCUCGCCGGCACAUCCGAGUACAUGAGCCCAAUGAACCUCUCCACCGUUAUGGCCCUUGAUUCUAGGACCUAAUUUUCAUCAUCAUUUAUGCAUGCCAAAAAAAUUCAUCUUUUUUUUCUUUCUUUUUUUUGUAUUUGAUUGUUUUCAUUUUUCUAUUGUCUUAUUGCUCGAUCAUCUUGUUUUGUAGUCAUAUAUGUGUAUGAAUAUUUAUUCUUGGGAAGUCAGCAAUAAAAAGUGUGAUAUAUC